CAGCUGGGCUUCUGGGGCUCACUGGGCUGUCGGCACUGCAGUCCCCCGUCCCACCUUCACGAUGGGCUCCGAGGCGGCGCAGCUGCUAGAGGCUGCUGACUUCGCGGCUCGCAAGCACCGACGGCAGCGGCGGAAGGACCCCGAAGGGACCCCCUACAUAAACCACCCCAUCGGUGUGGCUCGGAUCCUGACGCAUGAGGCGGGGAUCACCGACAUCGUGGUGUUACAGGCAGCCCUGCUCCACGACACCGUGGAAGACACGGACACCACCCUGGAUGAGGUGGAGCUGCACUUUGGGGCCCAAGUGCGGGGUCUGGUGGAGGAGGUGACAGAUGACAAGACUUUGCCGAAGCUGGAGAGAAAGCGACUGCAGGUGGAGCAGGCGCCGCACAGCAGCCCAGGGGCUAAACUGGUGAAGCUGGCAGACAAGCUGUACAACCUGAGGGACCUGAAGCGCUGCACCCCAGAGGGUAGGCUCCCCAUCAGCUCUGAAGGAAAGGGAAGGGUCCACCUUUUGGAGGCACAGGAUGGUCAGAACAUCGAGUCCAGGAAUACUUCGAGUGGGCUGCGCAGGUGGUGAAGGGGCUUCAGGGAACAAACCAGCAGCUGGAAGAGGCGCUAACGCAGCUAUUCAAGGAGCGGGGGCUGACCCUCUGAGCCGUGCUUGGAGCCCUCAGGUGGCAGACGCCAGCCUUUCCGUGCCUCCGGAGCUUCCCCCUGGUUUGCUCAGCCUGGUAGCCAAAAACCACUCGUCUUUUCUCACUCUGAAGGUCUCCUGCCAACUCAGCUGAGCCCCAGCUGUGGGAGUCUGAUGCACCCCAUCCACUUUUAAUGCGUUCACUGCCCUUCAGGCCUUGGGUCUGUUUGUCAUUUUGUAUGGUGGCAUCUCUGGCCCCUCAGGGACUUGUAUAAACAUUAGUUCAUAGACGUCAUGGAAAAUAAAGCAUGGUGGGUAAAGGUUCAA